AUGGACGCAAAGCCUCAACGUCCUGCGCGGGCUCUCCGAGUACGCGACGAGAACGCGCCGCCCCAAUUACCUGCCGGCAAGACUCUGCAUUCGCGCAACAAGUCAACGCCAGCGCUGUCCACACUGAUGCAGGUCGGCGGCAUCAAGGCGGCCGCAGCCAAGCGGACCGUGUUUGGAGACGUCAGCAACACGCGGCAACCCAUAACAAAGGACGACAUGCAGGUCAAUGGGAAGAAGAAGGGUCUUGAGGUGCUCAAGGACAACUCUGCCGUCACGGUCAAGGAGAUCACCACAAAGGCUGGCGCGUUAGCACGACCGGCGCAACGCCCUCUGGCAAACGUCACAGCCAAGGCGAACGCGUCAAUAGAGGCAAGCGACGUCGCGUCUGCUGUCACCAAAUCCACCGUCAACGCCAGCCAGCCGGCCGCCGAAGUCCGCAAGGUCAUCACCAAGAAGUCCUCCACAGCCGUCUUCAAGGAGCCACAAUCAGAACCCCUUAACGACACAACAACUCUCGUAGAUGUACCUGCUCGCCAACCUCUCCCUACCCAGCCAUCUUCAUUUCCCAACGUGGACCGUGCCUCAGCACAGUCCCAGCAACCAACGACCAUCCCUGAAGAGGAAGAGAAAGCCGAGUCAAAAAAUGGGGCGGACGACAGGUACGAAUACCUAGAUGCUCUCGAGGAGCAGGCGCGCGUCCUAGAGCAGGAGCGCAAUGAGGAACUUGCCAAGGUCAACGGCCUGAACGGUCUCGACCAAGAAGAGUACUGGGACGAGGAGGAAGACGAAGAGUACUACGAUGCCGACGGCUACACUACUGCCCGGUCUCUGCGAUCGCGCGGCGACAACACAACUGGCGGUGUCACCCUUGUCCUUGCGCCUAGGAUCACUGCAAAGACACAACGCGAACUUGAGGCUGCUCGGAUCUUCGUCGAAGCGAAUCGGAGUGCCGAAGACGUGGAGGAUGAGCAGUGGGAUACAUCCAUGGUCGCUGAAUACGGCGACGAGAUUUUCGAGUACAUGCACGCCCUUGAAGAGCGCAUGAAGCCCAACGCUUCUUACAUGGACCACCAGGCCGAGAUCCAAUGGUCGAUGCGAUCCGUCUUGAUGGACUGGCUCGUUCAGGUUCACAACCGCUUUACCCUUCUGCCCGAGACUCUUUUCCUCGCCGUCAACUACGUCGAUCGUUUCCUCUCGUGCAAGGUCGUUUCACUUGGCAAGCUUCAGCUGGUCGGCGCCACCGCGCUGUUCGUCGCUGCAAAGUACGAGGAGAUCAACUGCCCGUCAGUACAAGAGAUCGUAUACAUGGUCGACGGUGCCUACACUGCCGAUGAGGUCCUGAAGGCUGAGCGCUUCAUGCUCAGCAUGCUUCAGUUCGAGCUGGGUUGGCCUGGCCCAAUGAGCUUCCUUCGCCGUAUCAGCAAAGCAGAUGACUACGACCUGGAGACUCGUACCCUAUCCAAGUACUUCUUGGAGAUCACCGUCAUGGAUGAGCGCUUCGUGGGUUGCGCUCCUAGCUUCCUGUCGGCCGGUGCUCACUGCCUUGCCCGCUUCAUGCUGAAGAAGGGUGACUGGUCGCAAGCACACGUACAUUACUCCGGGUACACACUGACCCAACUGCGACACCUCAUCUCCGUCAUCCUCGAGUGCUGCGACAACCCACAAAAGCAUCACGCGGCUGUGUACGAGAAGUACACCGACAAGCGCUAUAAGCGUGCUUCCAUAUUCGUCGAGGCAGAGGUCUCAAAGGGCUUCUCGCUGCCAUUUGUGUCUAGGGACAGCCUUGCCAGCCAAACUUGGAGGCGAAAGUGA